AUGGCGAGGACCGUUCGGGAGUCGUUUUCCAUGGACUCUCGCUCGAGAGACGUUUCCAGCAUGACAUUUCUCAGAGCGUACUUAGUUGCUCUUCCACGCCAGUCGAUUCGUUCGCAACGAACUGACGAUAAUGACGUCGAUUAUCAGGACGCUGGCUCCGAGGUCACCGUGAACAGUCCGCUUGCGAGUAGCUCCGUUCAGUCGAAGACUGGCCUGAUCUCAUUGUCUGCCUCAUAUCGCAGGCUUUUUCCCCUUUCACCGUCAUCCUUCACGGCUACCGUCGCCUCACCUUAG